UGACGCCAGUUGCGCGGUCCCCCGGCAACGGCCGUACGUCGCGCGGCGGCAGGGAACCCGGAAGCUGCGGGCGAAUAGGAGCGAGCGACCCAGGCAGCGGGGCGGGCUCGGCGCGCGGAGGGUGGCGGCGGCGGCGGCAAAGUAGUCCCGCGGGGGAUAGUGGCUGAUUGGCGGUAGUGUGGUUGGUGCUCGGCACUGCGGUGUGCGGAAAGUACUCUCGGCGCUGUUCGGACCGCACAGCUGCACCGCGCAGCGGGGGAGAUGGCAGCCGACAAGACUGCGGGGCCUAGGAACAAGACAGCUCAGGAACAGCAGUCCUUGGAGAUACGGAGAACAGAUCAAGGUACUGAGAAACAUGAAGGAGCUGGUACUUCUGGGAUUACUGAUCAGGAAAAGGAAUUGUCAAGCAGUGCAUUACAAGCUUUUCUGGCUGGCAACUAUGAUGCUUGUUUACAACACCUGAAUACCCUUCGAGACAUAAACAAAGAUGACUACAAAAUAACUUUGAAUACUGCUGUUGCAGAGUUCUGUAAAAGUAACCAGACUACAACAGACAAUUUGAGACAAACCCUUAACCAGCUGAAGAGCCAGGUUCACUCUGUUGUUGAAGAAAUGGAUGGUUUGGAUGAUGUUGAAAACAGUAUGCUGUACUACAAUCAAGCUGUUAUUCUGUAUCAUCUGCGUCAGUAUACUGAAGCUAUAUCAGUUGGGGAGAAGCUGUACCAGUUCAUAGAGCCUUUCGAAGAGAAGUUUGCCCAGGCUGUCUGCUUCUUGCUUAUAGACCUAUACCUUCUAACUUACCAAGCUGAGAAAGCCUUGCAUUUGCUUGCUGUUCUGGAAAAAAUGAUUUCACAGGGCAACAACAACAGCAAGAAUGGAAAAAAUGAGUUGGGUAAUAAUACAAAUAAAGAUUCCUCGAAUCAAAAAGCUGAAAGCGGAGCUUUAAUAGAAGUUGCUAAAUCUAAGAUACAUCAGUAUAAGGUGAGAGCCUAUAUCCAGAUGAAGUCACUAAAAGCAUGCAAAAGGGAGAUCAAGUCUGUAAUGAAUACAGCUGGGAAUUCAGCUCCUUCUCUCUUUCUUAAGAGCAAUUUUGAAUAUUUGAGGGGCAAUUAUCGUAAAGCAGUCAAACUUUUAAACAGUGCAAACAUUGCUGAACAUCCGGGCUUCAUGAAAACAGGUGAAUGCUUAAGGUGUAUGUUCUGGAACAACCUUGGCUGCAUCCACUUUGCAAUGGGAAAGCACAAUUUAGGAAUUUUUUACUUUAAAAAAGCCUUGCAAGAGAAUGAUAAUGCAUGUGCACAACUAGGAAUGGGCAAUUCAGAUCCAGGUAAAAAAUUUUCAGGGAGACCCAUGUGUACACUACUGACUAACAAACGGUAUGAGUUGCUCUACAACUGUGGAAUUCAGCUCUUGCACAUUGGGAGACCCUUAGCUGCCUUUGAAUGCCUGAUUGAGGCAGUCCAGGUUUAUCACUCAAACCCUCGUCUUUGGCUAAGAAUAGCAGAAUGCUGCAUUGCUGCCAAUAAAGGGACAUCAGAACAAGAGACUAAAGGUCUUCCAAGCAAAAAGGGAAUUGUGCAAUCUAUAGUAGGUCAAGGCUACCACCGUAAGAUAGUCCUAGCAUCCCAGUCAAUACAGAAUGUUGUUUAUAACGAUGGGCAGUCCUCAGCAAUACCUGUAGCAAGUAUGGAAUUUGCAGCAAUCUGCCUAAGAAAUGCCUUGCUGCUGCUCCCAGAAGAUCAGCAGGAGCUAAAGCAAGAAAAUGGAUCUAAAACUAGUAAUCAGCUGGGGGGAAAUACAGAGAACAGUGAAAGCAGUGAAGCAUGCAGCAAUAAAAGUCAUGAAGGGGAUAAAUUCAUUGCAGCUCCACCUUCUUCACCUUUGAAGAAACAAGAAUUAGAAAAUUUAAGGUGCUCAAUACUUGCGUGUAGUGCUUACGUGGCUCUGGCUUUGGGUGAUAACCUUAUGGCAUUGAAUCACGCAGAUAAACUUCUUCAGCAACCAAAGCUGUCAGGGUCUCUUAAGUUUCUUGGGCAUUUGUAUGCAGCAGAAGCUCUCAUCUCUUUAGACAGAAUAUCUGAUGCCAUCACUCAUUUGAACCCGGAGAAUGUCACUGAUGUUUCCCUUGGGAUCUCUUCAAAUGAGCAGGAUCAAGGGUCAGACAAAGGAGAAAAUGAGACAAUGGAAUCUUCUAGCAAGCAGACCCCCCAGUGUUACCCCAGUUCAAUCACAUCUGCACGAACAAUGAUGUUAUUUAACCUUGGAAGUGCUUACUGCUUGAGGAGUGAAUAUGACAAAGCUCGAAAGUGUCUUCAUCAGGCUGCUUCUCUGAUCCACCCCAAAGAGAUCCCUCCGGAGGCUAUUCUGCUGGCUGUGUAUCUUGAAUUGCAGAACGGUAACACACAGCUGGCACUGCAGAUCAUCAAGAGAAACCAGCUUCUCCCUUCUGUGAAGACACUCUCGGACAUGCGGAAGAAGCCUGUUUUUCAGCUGGUGCACUCCAUCCAGCCUAUUCAGAUGCCAGCCUUUACCACUGUUCAAAGGAAAUGAGGUUUCAACCUCCAGCUGCCCUGCCCACCAGGACUUGGGAUUUUGUAGUUUUUUAACCUAUGACACCUGCAUACCCCAAUUGGUGGAGUGUGUUCAUUUAUGUAAAUUUUUAAUAAAACAUGGAAACAAAAA